AUGGCCGGCAAAUCCUCUCAAAAUGGAACCCGUGUAGAUUCUACGACGGCCCAUGAAACUACCACAUAUGCAUCGGAGUUCCAGACAGGUCGGUUUGGACGCGACGACGUCGCCAAGUAUCUGGAACGGAUCGGGCUCGACCCAGAUCAAUAUCUCGAUCGCAAGCCGUCCUACGAGCUCUUGAGCGAGCUACAAGCAGCCCAUUUAUACUCGUAAGUCGGGAGAGGGCAACUCUCCCGUUGUGACCAGCUCUAUCGCCUCGCCACGCUCGAGCAAGCUCUCCACGAGUUGUGCCAGACUUCGCGGUCGGCACCCCACCAGACCCUUGAUGGUGGUGCUGCUUAUAUAGAUCAGGGUUUGACAUGGUGUGUACCCUUUGAACCCUAGUAUACCGUUCGAAUCGACUGUUGUACACGUCAAGGAUUGGACAGACGACGAUGCUGAAAUUCGGCUGGGAGGCGGCGAAACUGCGCCUCUUGGACAGGCCGCCUUCGAGCGGUUGAUCAGGCUUCAACGCGGCGGAUUUUGUUUCUUCCUCAACAGCUUGUUUGCUUCCCUGCUGCGAUACUUUGAUUUUCGCGUCAGCGAGGUCGCUGCUCGCGUCAACUAUCAAGUUGGUCGAGAUCCCGAGGUCGUCGGUCUCCGUUUCAAACCGACUGCUCACGAGUGCUGCGUCGUCGACUGGGACGCGAGCGGGGGCGAACGAUACUUUUGCGACGUUGGAUUUGGUAAUUCCCAGUCGCUUGUUCCGUGCGUCAUGUCUCAACUUUGCUCACUCUCGAUCUCGAUUAAGGCUUGACGCUGAUCCGGGCUGUGCACCAUCUCCACUGGCCAGAAUUCCUUUCCACGAUGGGGCCACCGUUCAAAGCCCGACCCCCAAUGGCACCUUCAAGCUGGUGGAAACACCUUACCUUCCCGGCACGGAGUCGUUUCAACAUCUCACACCCGAUUUGUCAUCGCGGUGGACUGUCUGGAACAAAGUCGAAGCGACAGCCUCGACCAAGGAGUAUUGGACCCCGACAUACUCGUUCGCGCUGGCGACCGUGGGAUUCACGGACUUGGAAGUGCUCAACUAUUACAGUUCAAACCACGCGGAGGCAACAUUCGUCAACUUUUUUGUUUGUACUAAGCUGCAUCGAGAGACGGGGAGAAGGACCACGCUCUAUUUCAGGGAAGGGAUGGAGUACCAGGGCUCAAGAUGCGCGAGGCUCCACACGAAGCCGAAGAACGAAGGCGACCCGGAUGGACGCUGGAUCGAUAUGAGAGUGGGGCCCAUCAAGCAGAUCUUGCGCCAUGAGUUUGGAUUCAAGGUGAGAAACCGCACCUGCUGUCGUUCAGCAUAGGUCUUUGUGCUGACAUUGGCUUCCUGACGUCCGCGCCGGCUUCGGUGUGUCUUCUCCCUCUUCUGCAGUUCCCUGAGGCGUACUCUGGGAACUAG